GCCCUUUAAAAAAGAAGAAAGCUGCCCGUUUGGCCAAACUCAAAGCUUGGAGUUUUGAGAGGUGGUUGCUUGGGGUUCCCGACAAUUCCGCUGGUGUCUAUAUAUUCCCAGAUCGCUCGCUCUUGGAUCUCAACUGAUCACUAUCCAUCCCCUCUCUCUCGUCUUCGUUCUUCGUCGUCUCGAUUCGGGCAUCAUUGGGAUGGCUUCCACCGCCGAGAAGCUCUCGGGGCUCAGCAUCAGCGAUGACUGUGCGUCCUGCCCGAACCUUCAGAAGAAUCUCGGAAUUCUCUCCCCGGAUGAGGUUGAACUUGCAAAAACGUUGUUGCAUGAGGGACAGAGUCAUCUUUUUGAUCAUUGGCCAGACCUAGGUGUCGAUGAUGACAAAAAGAAGGGUUUCCUCAAACAGGUUGCUCUUCUUAAUUCAAGUUAUCCUGGUGGUUUGGUACAAUAUAUUCAAAAUGCAAGAAAGCUACUAGCAGAUUCAAAGGCUGGGAAAAAUCCAUAUGAUGGUUUCACUCCUUCUGUUCCUUCGGGAGAGGUCCUUACAUUUGGUGAUGACAGCUUUACCAUGUUGGAAGAUGCUGGUGUUAGAGAGGUUCACAAGGCUGCAUUUGUCCUGGUUGCAGGUGGGCUAGGGGAACGCCUUGGAUACAAAGGAAUAAAGUUGGCUCUUCCUUCAGAAAUUACUACAGGCCGAUGCUUUCUCCAACAUUAUAUAGAGUCUAUUCUGGCUCUACAGGAGGCUAGUUGUAGAUUGGCACAAGGUCAAUGUCAAGCUGAGAUUCCUUUGGUGAUAAUGACAUCAGAUGACACUCAUGCACCAACUGUAAAGCUUUUGGAAUCAAAUUCUCAUUUUGGAAUGAAGCCUUCACAAGUGAAACUUCUUAAACAGGAAAAAGUGGCAUGCUUAGAUGAUAAUGAUGCAAGGCUUGCAUUAGAUCUAAAUGACAAAUACAAAAUUCAGACAAAGCCUCAUGGGCAUGGCGAUGUACAUGCACUUCUUUAUUCCAGUGGUCUACUUAAUGAAUGGCAGAAUGCAGGUCGAAAAUGGGUUUUGUUUUUCCAGGACACCAAUGGAUUACUCUUUAAGGCAAUACCAGCUGCAUUGGGUGUAAGUUCCACCAAGGGGUACCAUGUUAAUUCUCUUGCUGUUCCUCGGAAAGCAAAAGAAGCUAUUGGAGGAAUAACCAAGCUUACUCAUACCGAUGGAAGGACCAUGGUUAUCAAUGUGGAGUACAAUCAACUUGACCCAUUACUCCGAGCAACUGGGCAUGCUGAUGGAGAUGUGAAUUGCGAAACAGGAUUUUCUCCCUUCCCUGGGAACAUAAAUCAGUUGAUUUUGGAACUUGGACCGUACACCGAGGAGCUUACAAAAACACGAGGUGCCAUUGCAGAGUUUGUUAACCCUAAAUACAAGGAUUCUAGCAAGACAGCAUUUAAAUCCUCAACUCGAUUGGAAUGUAUGAUGCAAGAUUAUCCAAAAACCCUAGCACCAUCAGCAAAAGUUGGAUUUACAGUAAUAGAUACAUGGCUUGGAUAUGCACCUGUGAAGAAUAACCCUGAAGAGGCUGCUAAGGUACCGAAGGGAAAUCCAUACCACAGUGCAACUUCUGGAGAAAUGGCUAUAUAUAGGGCAAAUAGCCUCAUUUUGAGAAAGGCUGGCAUUCAGAUAGCGGACCCUAUGAUUGAUGCAUUCAAUGGACAAGAGGUGGAAGUUUGGCCACGCAUUACAUGGAGCCCUAAGUGGGCAUUAACAUAUGCAGAUGUGAAGAGAAAGGUUAGCGAGGGAAGCUCUAUAUCCCAGAAAUCUACCAUGGUCAUCAAUGGCCAAAAUGUCUUCCUUGAUGGUCUCUCUUUGGAUGGUACUCUUGUUGUGAAUGCCGUUGAUGAAGCUGAGGUGAAAGUUACUGGCCGUAUUCAAAACAAUGGCUGGGCGCUCAAGCAUGUCGAUUACAAGGACAGCUCCAUUCCUGAGGAAAUACGGAUUAGAGGUUUUAAAAUCGACAAGGUUGAACAGCUAGAGAUGAGCUACAGCGAGCCAGGGAAGUUCUGCUGCAGUUCAUGAAUGAGCAUUUCAUGAUGCUAGAUUGCAACAAAUUUGAUUCGUAUUAUGGUGAAAUAAGUAGAUUAAUCUUACUGGGGCUUCGAAUAUUUUUUCUUACCUUAACAAUAAGAUGUGAAUAGCUCUUCUAUUGCAUUUAUGCUCUGUACUUUGAUAGUAUGUUACUUUUACCAUGUUUACUGCUUGCUCAUUCAAUUUUCGCUAGAAUAAUCAAGGGGUGCAGAACAAGUUGUAUAAUCGCUUGCUCCUACAGAGGCUCUUUGUUUUGUUCCAGGAAGUGUACGGAUACACCUUUGAAAAGAAUAAAUCAUGUCUAUCAGGAUCUCAA